AUGGACAGCAGCAAGGCUUCUCCGCUCUGCUUCCCCAACCUCAACUCCUCCUGCAGGCGCCUGCCUCCCCCCCGCUCUGAGUCCGCUCUGCUCUACACCCUGCUGGCCUUCUUCUCUCUGCUCACAGUGACCCUCAACCUGCUCGUCAUCAUCUCCAUCUCCCACUUCCGGCAGCUGCACACCCCCACCAACAGCCUGCUGCUGUCCCUGGCCGUGUCCGACCUGGUGGUGGGGGCGCUGGUGAUGCCCAUCGAGGGCCUUCGCUACAUGGAGACGUGCUGGCUGCUGGGCCGGCUCAUGUGCGCUCUGACUCCGUAUGUUUCCUACUGCCUGCUCUCUGCCUCUGUGGGCAACAUGGUGCUCAUCUCCAUCGACCGCUACCUGUCUAUCUGUGAGCCGCUGCUCUACUCCUUUAAGAUCACCCUGCCCAGAGCCAAAGCCUCAGUGUGUCUGUGCUGGGCCUGCUCCUUCCUCUACAACGGCUGCAUUAUGAUUGGACACUUAGGGCAGCCGGACAGGUUCCAAACCUGCCACGGAGAGUGUGUAGUGGUCAUCAGCCACAUUGCAGGAAUUGUUGACCUGUUUGUCACGUUUGUUGGGCCCUGUACUGUCAUGGUGGUUCUGUAUAUGAGGGUGUUUGUGGUUGCCAUCUCUCAGGUGCGUGUGAUCCGCUUGCAGACUGUCCCUGCAGCUCCCAUCAUCAAGAUAUCAGAGAUUAAGGCAGCUAGGACUCUGGGGAUUGUGAUAGCUGUGUUUCUGAUGUGCUUCUGCCCGUAUUACUACCCCUCUAUAGCCGGCGAGGCCACGUCAAACCUCCUGUCGUACUUUGCUGUGUUGUCUUGGAUCAUGUUGUUGAACUCCUGUCUGAACCCUCUCAUUUACGCUCUGUUCUACCCCUGGUUUAGAAAAGCUAUCAAAGUCAUCUUCACCCUCAGAAUACUGCAGCCUCACUCCCGGGACUUUAAAAUCUCUGUGCUUAGUCUUGUUACAGUUAUGAUUAGACAUGCUGUUUGUAUAACCCGUAUGUGUGUGUGAGUUCUCACGCUCACUGUGUAGUCCUCCAUGACAGCGUCAGUCACAAGCACUCUGCAGAAAAAACUUAAUAACACAUGAAAAUGAAUGAAGAAUAUAAAACAGACAUGUCAUGAUUGAAUUAUGUUUAAUCUCUGUGGUUUGCAUCGUAUACAUGUGUUGCUUGUGUCUUUACCAGCUCUCAUUAACACUAAGAAACCAGAACAAAUAAUGCAUAUUGUGAUGAAACUAAACAUUUGAAUGCUUUGCCAAAACAUGCCAUGUGUAUGUGAGUGGUACAUUAUAUACGAUAAACAUAUGUAUUGACUAUUAAAUUACUAUUUAAGUAGACUUAUUAAAAAUGUUUCUUAGUUCCUUAGUGGGUUUUAUUUUGGCAAAAUGUCUUCUUAAAUAUUUAAACUCAGUAUAAGUUAUUGUCUUAAAAGACUAUAUAAAAAUGCUAUCACUGUGAUUAAAAUAGCUUUUAUGUUUUGCUUUCUCUUCACUGUUGCUAAAAACAUGAUUGAGCUGUUUUAAAUUCUGACAUAACAUAUUUUUAAUAUGCUUUCAAAUGAAAAACAAAUAUAAGCAUGUCAUUUUCAUUGUCUGUCUUGCUACAAUUCGGUUCAUUCCUGCGAAAAAACAUAAAAAUAAAAGAGAAAUGCAUUAUUAUUAUUAUUAUGCACUUUACUUUGGUGUAUUAUUCAUAGACUUAAUUAAGUAAGGGAGGCUUUCUCGUGUGUCUUUAUGAAGAA